CAGCUGCGUCGCUUCGGCGUACGGCGGUUUGCGUACUGCGCGGAAGGGAAAGCCUCGCAUCGCCCUUUUUGUCUCGCAGUCGGCGGCAAGCGUGCUUCUUGUGCGUCGCCGCGCCGCUUCAGCAACGAACGAAACAACUGUGCCUUCUUUCUUUUAGGCGGCCGCCGCCGAAAACGAAGCCUUGCCAGCCAUGGAUAAAAUAUUCGGAGGACUGAAGAGUCUCAUCAAGAUCGAAACGAUCGUCACCGACAACCAUGUGUUUCGGUUGCACUACAAAGUGACGUGCGCUCUUCUGAUCGCCUUCAGCAUCCUGGUCACGAGUCGGCAGUACAUCGGUGACCCGAUCGACUGCAUUAGCAAAGACAGCGUGCCGACGAGAGUAUUGGACACCUUUUGUUGGAUCCACUCGACGUUCAGCGUCAAGGAUGCCUGGAACAAGAAGGUCGGCGUCCAAGUACCCUACCCGGGCGUGGACAAGUACACUCCGGGCGAGCAGCGAGUGUACCACGGCUAUUAUCAGUGGGUGUGCUUCGUGCUGUUCUUUCAAGCGGUGCUGUUUUACGUGCCUCGCUACUUGUGGAUCGCCUGCGAGGGCAACAAGAUCAGCACGCUCGUGCUCGACCUCAACUCACCUAUUCUGUGCGACGACAAGCGCAAGAGUAGCCGCAAGCUUCUGGUCGAGUAUUUCAUGAACCACAUCGGUCACCAUAAAAUGUACACCUUCUACUACUUCCUCUGCGAGAUCCUCAACUUCGUCAACGUCAUCGGUCAGAUCUACCUCAUGGAUGACUUCCUGGGCGGCGAGUUCUCGACUUACGGCACCAAGGUGCUCGAGUUCACCGAGUGGGAUUGGUCGGUGCGCUUCGACCCCAUGAUCAAGGUCUUCCCGCGACUAACCAAGUGCACCUUUCACAUGUACGGUUCGUCCGGCGACGUGCAGAAGCACGACGCCAUGUGCAUCCUGCCCAUCAACAUCAUCAACGAGAAGAUCUACGUGUUCCUUUGGUUCUGGUUCGUCAUCCUCGCAGUGCUCUCCGGUCUCGUGAUUGUGUACCGCACGGUGCUGUUCAUCUGGGCUCCGGCCAGGUUUCACGUGCUCAAGUCCCGGGCGCGUCUCGUGAACGUCACCUACCUGGAACGCGUGCUGGACCGCUGCAAAGUGGGCGAGUGGUUCCUGCUCGAUUUGCUCGCCAAGAACCUGGACCCCGUCCACUACAGGGACCUCAUCUCAGACCUAGAGAAACACUUGGAAGGCAAAAGCCUCGAGCUCGUCUGAUUGAUUACCUAUCCCCAGUUGUCGUCGUUGUGAUGUGUCGUCUAUAGGGUUCGUAUAGAAUUUUCUACAUUCAUAUCAAGCAGUUUUUUGUACAAUGUAGGUGCAGUUUUCCAUUACGAUCUUUAUAAGCGUUUUUACACUGCUCACUUUACUCGCGAAAGUGUUCUAGAAAAAUGCAGAAUGGACAAAGUUCCGGUGCAUCGCGUAACAACAGGAAACGCUUCCCGAAUCACUUGGGGGCAUUCGCUUGAAGCGUUGACAGCGGUCGAUAUCGCGAACGAAGCUUUUCGAAAACGAAGGUUUUGAGGUUAGUGUGUCGCUACGUUUAGGCUGUUCCGCCGCGUUUGAAAGUAGACAUUGCUCACAGGGAAAUCAUUCGCGGCGCUACCGGCUGUCGCGCUAUCCAGUGCCUUAUACAUUCGCUCACCCUGGCCCCGUUAGCGGCGUGAUACCGCUACCGAAUUCUCGGGUUGCAUCCUGUCGUCGCCAUUGCUAGCUCACCUGACACUGCCAAGCGGAGAUCGAUAUACGAGGCGCGCACCGUUGCUGGGCCCGCGCAUUCCAUGGCGCCGAAACGUCCUUUCAGCGGCGCCGCCUUUGGGACGCGAUGCUCGCGUUGUAGCCAGCGACCGUUAGGACACAAGAACGAUCAUAAGGGUGAACGCUGUUCUUUUACUGUUCCUGGUAGAUUAAAAUGAUUUAAAAAAAAAACACGUUCGCCUCGCCAUGUCGUCUUGCGCGAGCCGUUUUUCGUGCUAGUUGCUCGACCAAUCUCAUCUGUUUGACUGACGUAGAGACUUACCAUAAAGGCAGUAGCCUCAUUGUACUCGCUUAUCACUCGACAGGAGCUGGUUCAGUUGACUGUUACCGCAUAUAGUUACUUGUGGUGGCGAUUCCCAGAUAGCGACGUUCUGCCAAGGUGUAUGCGGUAGCGCGUUCCUUUUGUUUCGUUCGUUUCGCCUUUGUUUCUAUCUCGGUCUCUGCGUGGCCGUGUGCAGUGGUUGAACAGAAUUGUUUCCGUGACGGGUCACCGCAAAAAUAUAGGAAAUACAAACUAAAACAUGCAAUACUGUGUCAGUGGCGACGUCACGCCGAGAAGCAGCUGCCGGCGCGGCUGCUCUUGGAAUUAAAGAAAAAAAAAUAUAGUAAUCUAAUAUACAAAAUCGGAACAGCGUGCUUAUAAUUCUCCUUCAAAUAGCGCUCUUCCAAGUCGCUAUGUUUUCAGCUUCUCGUUCAGUGCCCUCAAGAUAUCGUUGAUGUCCCGAAAACAAUUGACUCGGUAGUUUUACCGUUUCCAUUGGCGAAUGCCGUGCAAACGUUUGCGUCGCCUUCAUAGUUACGCUAGGCUGCCGUCUUUCUUUUUUAAUUCUCGCGCGCGACCUUUCCUCAAAACUAGGAAGAACGCAUGAUUCUGAAGGGUGACCAAAGAUUUCGCCUACAUGCACUGAC